AUGCGUUUGCAAAGUCAACCGGACUUUCAACGAUUUUUGUUAGAUAUUGGUGAGGGCAAAACCGGUCCAAAGGUAGAUUUACCGCUAGGAUUAGUUGCUCCUGGAAAUUCUUUAGAUGGUCUCAUUGAUGCUAUUUUUGAUGAUCCGGUUGAUUUUUCUGAGCGCGUCAUUUUGGCUGUCCGGAAUGAUGAUGCCCAAGAAAUCAACCGAAAAAUCACCGAUCGUAUACCUAGUGAUGUGCAUCAAUGUUUUAGUGCUGAUUUUAUUCACGAGAAUGAUGAACAUGCCCAUCAUUACCUAGUAGAGUUUUUGAAUUCUUUACAAUUGAGCGAAGGACGCUAUCGUAGCCAAGAGGUAUUGAUUCCUAGAAUCACACAUCAUUGCAACGAUAGCCGCUUGCCAUUCACACUUUGCCGGAGACAAUUUCCUGUCACUGGUGCUUUUGCCAUAACAAUCAACAAAUCGCAGGGCCAAUCAUAUGAUCGAGUUGGUAUUUAUCUUCGCAAUGAAGUAUUUAGCCAUGGUCAAUUAUAUGUGGCAUUGUCUCGUGGUAGACAUCCUGCAAACAUUAAGGUUGCCAAUGACAACAAUGAAGCCAUGGGAACGGUUAUUAACAUUGUUGCAGAAAUUAUAAAGCGUUUAAGGGGAGACAAGGCAAAACCGAAGAAAGGAUCCACACAAACUAGGAAAACAUUUGAAGAGAAAUCACCCUACGGUCCGAUGAAAAGAUUGCCAGCCACAGCUGGUAUAUUAAAGUUUCAACAUAAAGCAUCGGCUGGUUUCAGCUCUAUGAUGCCUGAAAGCAAAGAGCGGAUCAAGCAUAGACUACACAACCGAACUCCUUACGAUUUCAUCACGCCCUGA